CAUCGCCUUACCGGAGACGUCCCUUGGGAAUGGGGCGUCGAACAACAGCUCGCAUUCGAGGAACUCAAGCUGCGCGUUACAUCUGAGCCCGUACUCGUCAUCCUAGUCGACGACUCCCCGUUCAGGGUCGAGGCUGAUGCCUCUGACUUCGCAACGGGUGCAGUACUCUCGCAGAAGGCCACAGACGGCAAAUGGCACCCGGUCGCGUAUUUCUCUAAGUCGCUCAGCGAAGCAGAGCGCAACUAUGAGAUCUACGACAAGGAACUUCUGGCCAUUAUGCUUGCACUUGAGGAAUGGCGACAGUACCUUCUAGGCGCCCGUCAUACGUUCGAAAUCUGGUCAGAUCACCAGAAUCUCACGUACUUCCGCGAAGCUCGCCGCCUCAAUCGCCGCCAGGCUCGCUGGUUCACCGAGAUGCAGGAAUACGACUUUACGCUCCAUCACAAACCCAGUGGCCUUAUGGGUCGUCCUGACGCGCUUUCACGCGAAGCAGGACAUGAAAAGGGGGAGAAGGACAACCAGGACGUUGUCCUGCUCAAACCCGAGUUUUUCCGUGUCCUACUUCGCGCUACAGCAUUCGAUUUCGCCGGUGAAGACAAACCCACGAUCUGUCGUAUCAAAGACUGCACUGUCGAGAGAGAGGAAUCCGUUGAGCUUGCCUUGCUCAUCAAGAAUUUGCGCUGGAAAGAGCACACAGAUGGCCUGCUCAUGCACGACGACCGCAUCUAUGUGCCGCCUGACGAAGCCUUACACGCGGAUAUCAUCAAGGCGCACCAUGACUCGCUCGCUGCAGGACACCCAGGACGCUACAAAAUGGAAGAGCUCAUCACAAGGACGUAUUGGUGGCCAAGCAUCAGAAAGGACGUAGGACGUUACGUGGCAGGAUGCCAACUCUGCCAGCACAUCAAGUACCGACGAGAAAGCCCUCACGCACCGCUCCAACCCAACGAGACACCCACUCGACCAUUUGAGGUUAUCUCCGUAGACUUUGUGGGCCCUCUACCGGAAUGUGAAGGCUUCAACAUGGUACUCAACGUCAACGACCACUUCAGUCGUCGCGUCAUCUGCAUUCCCUGCAGGGAUACCACGGACUCAGGCCAGCUUGCCCAACUUUUCCACGACCACGUCUACAGUGAGCACGGCCUACCAUGCAAGAUCAUCACGGAUCGCGGCUCCACCUUUGUCUCCUCCUUCACGCACGCUCCCAUGGACCAGCUUGGCAUUGCCGGGAACCCCUCCACGGCGUACCACCCACAGACCGAUGGACUCACCGAGCGUUAUAACCAGGAACUUAAAACCUUCCUCCGCCUCUAUGUGGAUUACCACCAGAGCGACUGGGUGAAGUACCUCAAGUCGGCGCAGUUCUCGUACAACAACACGGUUCACUCCUUGCAUCACGAGACACCAUUCUACGCCUCCAAGGGACGCCACCCAUAUAGUGGACUCAAUCCCCGCGCCAUGGACCACGUACCUGCCGCCACGUCAUACGCUCAACAUCUCAAGAAGGUUCAUGAGGAGAUUGCAUCUGCGCUGCACCAGGCAAAGGAAGCCAUGAAGGAGGUUUACGAUCAACAUCGCCAGGACGCUCGCAACUACGAGGUUGGUGACCAGGUGUGGCUUGAAGCGGCCAACCUCAAGUCCAAGCGUCCUUCACCCGCGCUUAAUGAACGUUGUCAUGGCCCUUUCAAAAUCCUUGAGAAGAUUGGCGCCUCCGCAUAUCGCUUGGACAUUCCCCUAACGUGGAAGACGCAUAACGUGUUCAACGAGGCUCUCCUCACGCCCUACACCCCACCCGCUUUCGCAAAUCAAGCCAACCCGCCAGAGCCCCCACCUGAGAUGAUCGACGGUGAAGAACGAUAUGAGGUCGAGGCCGUUAUCAACUCCAAGAUCAUCGGCCGAGGUGCACACUGGAGCAUGAUGUACUUGGUCAAGUGGAAGGGAUACUCAGACCGCCACAACAGCUGGGAGCCAAUUGCCAACUUGAUGCAAGAUGCCGACGAGGCAAUUGACGAUUACCACAAGGCACAUCCGCGACGCAUGCAUGUCUAG